UUGUCCGGAAGUACCGCAUCCUGAAGGGUACAUGACAGGUGACUGGUCCCUGUGCGUGCCCAGGUCCCUCUGCCCUCUGCUCGGGAUCCUGAGUCUUGACGUCGUCCACCCACGUUCCCUAAGUGUCCGUCUAUUCUCUUGCCCUCCGCCCAUCUGAAGCUGGUGGCUACGUAUCCCGGUACGCCAGCCAGUAGGUCACCAGGCGGGUAACUCUGUACUGUUAGGCUCUGGAAAAGCUGGCUGCUGGAUCGCCUGAAUGCGAGCAGACCAACAGACGCACAUAUACGACAUCUUGCAGGACUGGGCCAGUCUCGAGUCUCGACACUAUGUGCCUCCCCCGCCGCGUUGGAAAGAAGAAGCUAGCUAUAUUUCCUACAGAAAGAACAAUACCAACCUUCUUAGCCUCGUAUCGUGGCCGGCAUCUGCCUCUAUCGUUUCCCUGCCGUGUGCAAAUUCCUUUCCAAGCCUCAUGUUUUUCUCAGACACCUGCAGCGACGGGACCAGCGCCAGCAGAUGGCGUUGACGGCGGCCAGGAACGGGCGUCGCGUCGCUGCCCAGACGCCAGCACAGAGCAGCACUAUCAACUACUAUUGCAUAUCGUCGACAUUUGUGUGCAUGAGCGUCGGACGAAGUACAGGGGCCACUGCCUCGGAAUGAAUCGUUCGCUUUCUUUGGUGGUGGUGGUGUUGGUGGUAGUGGCACUCAUCUGCCCAAGUUGCGUCGUCUGGAAAGAGGACAGGUACCCAUUUAGUGGAAGUACUUCUUCCCAGACUCUACUAAGUAGUGCAAGGAGGGAGUGAAAGAUACGGGAAGGUUUUCUCGGGCUGCCACCAACAGAUGGCAUAUACGAAUAAUGAGACAGUUCCGACGGGUCUCGUUGAUCAGUGAGCAACAAAUGCAUCAAGCGUAACUCAGAAAACCUGCAUUGGCCCG